CGCACCUUCCAAAAUUCCUUAUUACCUUAUGCUUUUUUCUCGGUAAAAUCUCAGAGAAAAUACAAAAGACAGAAAGAAACAGUGGUCUAGAGAUGCCAUAACCAAUAGACAAGCUACUUUAACAUUUCAAUCUUCAGCUGAACCCGUUUCUCACUGAACACAAAAAAACUGAAACUUUUUUUUUUAAAAAAAAAAAAAGAAAACUUAGCUCGUCGAGCUGCCCAUUGCGAUUUUGAUUCACGAGCUUUUCAUUUCCGUUUAAAUUUUCAAUCUUUCUGAAGAAUAAGGCAACCCCAUCUGUUUAUAAUUAUAUGGGGCAAAAGUAAACAAAAAAAAAUUGAUUGUAUUUUUCGAGGGAAUUCAGGUUUGAAGUUUGUAACGUGUCUUAGAACAUGUCUUUGAUUCGACGGAGAAAAGGGUCGGAAGCGGAAAAGGAUCCAAGUCCGAGUUCGGAGCCGAAGAUUCUAAGCGAAGAGGAUAAGGAAGAUGAUAAUGAUAAGAACAAGACUAAGAAGAAGAAAGAUGCGAAGGUGAAGAGGAACAAAUGGUCGUGCAUCGACACGUGUUGUUGGUUCGUAGGUUGCAUUUGCACGGUAUGGUGGUUUCUUCUGUUUAUGUAUCAGAUGAUGCCUUCUUCGCUUCCUCAGUAUGUGACUGAGGCCUUCACUGGGCCCAUGCCUGACCCACCGGGCCUCAAGCUCAAGAAGGAGGGGCUCAAGGCCAAGCACCCUGUGGUUUUUGUGCCCGGGAUUGUCACCGGAGGCCUUGAACUAUGGGAGGGUCAUCAGUGCUCUGAGGGCUUGUUCAGGAAACGCUUGUGGGGUGGCACUUUCGGAGAAGUCUAUAAAAGACCUUCAUGCUGGGUGGAGCACAUGUCACUGGACAAUGAAACGGGAUUGGAUCCACCUGGCAUAAGAGUUAGGCCUGUCUCUGGACUUGUAGCUGCUGAUUACUUUGCUGCAGGAUACUUUGUAUGGGCAGUCCUAAUUGCUAACUUGGCACGCAUUGGUUAUGAAGAAAAAACUAUGCACAUGGCUGCAUAUGAUUGGAGAAUAUCAUUUCAAAACACUGAGGUUAGGGAUCAAACACUCAGUCGGAUAAAAAGCAACAUAGAACUUAUGGUUGCUACUAAUGGUGGGAAUAAGGCAGUUAUUAUUCCACACUCAAUGGGUGUGUUGUACUUUCUUCAUUUUAUGAAGUGGGUUGAAGCACCAGCUCCAAUGGGUGGUGGGGGAGGACCAGAUUGGUGUUCCAAAUAUAUAAAGGCAGUUGUAAACAUUGGUGGACCAUUUUUAGGUGUUCCCAAGGCUAUAGCUGGCCUUUUUUCAGCUGAGGCCAGGGAUAUUGCUGUUGCCAGGACAAUAGCACCAGGAUUUUUAGAUAACGAUUUGUUUCGCCUUCAAACCUUGCAACAUGUAAUGAAGAUGACCCGUACUUGGGACUCAACAAUGUCAAUGAUACCAAGAGGAGGAAAUACUAUAUGGGGUGAUCUUGAUUGGUCACCAGAGGAAGGCUAUCUCCCUAGAAAGAGAAAGCAAAACAAUAACUAUACUCAGUUGGCAAGCCAAGAGACAAAUCAAACAAAUGUCAACUAUGGAAGAAUUAUAUCAUUCGGAAGAGACGUGGCGGAGGCACAUUUCUCUAAGAUUGAGAUGGUUGACUUCCGGGGUGCCAUCAAGGGUCGGAGUGUUGCAAAUACCACUUGUCGUGAUGUGUGGACUGAAUACCAUGAAAUGGGAUUGGAGGGAGUAAGAGCAGUUGCUGAGCAUAAAAUUUACACAGCUGACUCAAUCGUAGACCUGCUUCAGUUUGUUGCUCCAAAGAUGAUGGCUCGUGGUAGUGCUCAUUUCUCUUAUGGAAUUGCUGACAAUUUGGAUGAUCCUAAAUACAAUCACUACAAAUAUUGGUCAAACCCCUUGGAAACAAAAUUACCAAAUGCUCCUGAUAUGGAAAUCUUCUCUAUGUAUGGAGUUGGCUUACCAACUGAAAGAGCUUAUAUUUACAAGUUAACUCCCUUUGCCGAGUGUUACAUUCCUUUUGAAAUUGACCCUCACGCAGAUGGUGGUAGUGACGAAGACAGUUGUCUAAAAGGUGGUGUCUACACUGUUGAUGGCGAUGAGACUGUGCCAGUUCUAAGUUCAGGCUUCAUGUGUGCCAAAGGUUGGCGCGGAAAAACAAGAUUUAACCCUUCCGGUAUUCGCACCUACGUUAGAGAAUAUGAUCAUUCUCCUCCGGCCAACCUUCUAGAGGGCAGGGGAACACAAAGUGGUGCUCAUGUUGACAUCAUGGGAAACUUUGCAUUGAUUGAGGAUGUUAUAAGAGUGGCUGCUGGGGCCUCAGGAGAAGAACUAGGAGGUGAUAAGGUGUAUUCUGAUAUCUUUAAAUGGUCUGAGAAAAUCAAGUUACCCCUGUGAAUGAAGCACAUUGUACUUCCACUCACACUCAACCACUUCUCUUGAAGGAUCAGAUCGGAUUAUUAGCUUGUUUGGAUACAAUUUAAAAGUGUUUUUGAAAAAUUCUCAUUUAAAAAAUACUCUUUAUAUUUUUAUUGGAAAAACUCUUAAAAACAUUUAGUUUGUAUCCAAACAGGCUUUAUGUAUAAUUUUUGCAGUAUAAUUUCACUGCUACCAGAGUCCUGUAAGUUGCUCUUCGAAUUCUUAUUCUGCAUAUCAAAUACCAGUUCCAUGGUGAACUGUGUAAAUUGGUUACGUUGAAAGAGCAUGUAUUGAAUAUAAUAGUUAUUGAUGUAAGCAUUUGAUCAAUCAUUCAUCUAUGAGAAACCUAGCCUGGAGUUUGACAUUAUUCUUAAUGAGAUCAACAGUUUAGUUAUGGUAUA